UUACCAUUACGAAUUGAAAGAUUUUCUCUCGACUCCUUAUUUGAUUCGUAAUGGCUCAAGAACAGAUUAUCAUCUUCCCUGAUAAUAAUUACAACCAUGAUCCUAAUGUCAAACGUCAUGAUUUUCCUGCUGAUUUCAUGUUCGGAGUAGGAACAUCUGCUUAUCAGAUUGAAGGUGCUUGGAAUGCAGACGGUAAAGGCUUACAGAUCUGGGAUUGCUUUACCCUAAGACACCCCGAAAAAAUUGCGGACGGCUCAAAUGCAUGUGUCACUGUUGAUAGUUACCACAAAAUGAAGGAAGAUGUUCGGUUGCUGAAAAAUAUGGGUGUAAAGUAUUACAGAUUCUCUAUUUCCUGGUCCAGGAUACUACCAGGUGGGAAAGUAAGCAUGGGCAAAAAUUUGGAAGGCAUCAACUACUACAACAAGUUAAUAGAUGAGCUAAAAGCCAAUCACAUUGAACCAUUUGUCACUCUUUUCCACUGGGAUCUUCCUAAUGCUUUGGAAGAAGAAUACAUGGGUUUCUUAAGUUCCAAAAUUGUCGACGACUUUGUGAAUUAUGCGGAAAUCUGCUUCUGGGAGUUUGGUGAUCGCGUCAAGAACUGGGUGACAUUAAACGAGCCUUACAGAUUCACCUACGCUGGUUAUGUACAAGGUACCUUUGCACCCGGUAGGGGUGGAGAGAACCAAGACAGUGACCCUGAAACCGAGCCAUAUAUUGUAGCAUACAAUCUGCUUAAUUGUCAUUCAGCUGCUUAUAAAAAGUAUCAAGAGGAUUUCAAGGAUGUUCAAAAAGGUAAAGUAGGAAUAACUCUUGACACCAACUUCUUCAAGCCUUUUCGUGGUAAGCAUUGCAAAGAGGAUGUCAAAGCUGUCGAGUACGCGUAUGAUUUUAUGCUUGGAUUGUUUAUGGAGCCAUUAACAAGCGGUGAUUGGCCGAAAAACGUGCACAAAUUUGCCACGACUCCAUCUCACCACCAUCCGCAGGGUCGUUAUUUGCCUGUAUUCACUGACCACCAGAAAAAAAUGUUGGUACAAUCGUAUGAUUUUCUGGGAAUAAACUACUACACUGCAAAUUUCGCUAAAUUUAAAGAUUCUUCUUCUAGUCAUUCGACUGGAUUUCUUAGCGAUUGUCACUACGAAGCAUCAGGUGACAAAAACCUUAAAAAAAAUCAUUAUCUUUCUCAUGUUUUAGGAAAAGAUCCCUUUGGAAACAAUAUAGGAGGGGUGGCUUUUGAUGGAUCAUGGGUUUAUCUUUGUGCCCAUGAGCUUGUCGAUCUCUUGCAUCACAUUAAGCAAGCCUACAAAGUUGAAAAAUAUAUUGUAAUAACUGAGAAUGGAGCUCCGGACAAGAAUGAUGAUGGAAAAACUUAUGAAGAAGUUCGAAAUGACGAAUUUCGCCUUAAAUACAUCAAAUGGCAUCUUGAAGCCAUCAGAAGAGUGAAUUCUGUUCGACUAUUGACCUCGGAAGGGACUAAGCCCUUGGUCAUGGGUUACUUUGUGUGGUCAUUCACUGAUAGCUUUGAAUGGAGUUCGGGGUAUACUGUUCGAUUCGGCAUGAACUAUGUUGAUUACAAGAACAAUUUGCAAAGGUACCCGAAAAAAUCAGCACUUUGGUUCAAAAAGUUUCUUUCUGAGGAUUGGGAACCACGCAAAAGAAGCCUAAUCAAUGUUGAUGAAGAAGAUGAAGUUGCCAAUGGUGCACCAGUUAAUGCAACACAAGCAAUUGAAGUGGUUCAAAAACAGAAGAAGGCAAAAGCAUGAGAAGAAACAAGCACGUCUCGAUCGAUCUCUUUGGUUUAUUAAUACAUCAUGCAUGUGUGAUUUGUGUGUUUAGUAUCUGAUCAUAAUUAUGGGGAAUACAGCUUUAAGUUUAGUUAAAUAAAUACCCAAGUUACUUGGGA